AUGUUCUGGAAGCUCACGGCCCUGUCAGCAUCGUCUCCUGUUGAGGCUGUGCUGGACAAGGAAAAUUUUACAUUGGAAGAGCUUUUGGACGAGGAAGAAAUCAUACAAGAAUGCAAAGCAUUAAACAGCCGCCUUAUAAAUUUUUUGAGAGAUAGAGCUCAGGUCGAGCAACUGCUGCAUUACAUUGUUGAUGACCCUUCCGAGGAUGCAGAUAGCAAAAGAACCUUCAAGUUUCCCUUCAUUGCUUGCGAAAUUUUUACAUGUGAAAUUGAUGUAAUCUUGAAGACUUUGGUGGAGGAGGAGGAGCUUAUGGACUUGCUCUUCUCAUUUCUGGAACCAAACCGUAAUCAUAGUGCAUUACUGGCUGGGUAUUUUAGUAAGGUUGUCGUGUGCUUGAUGUUGCGGAAGACUGUCUCGCUCAUGAAUUAUGUCAAGGCCCACCAAGAUGUUUUUAAGCAGCUGGUUGAUUUGAUUGGUAUCACAUCCAUCAUGGAGGUCUUGGUGCGGCUUGUUGGUUCUGAUGACCAUCUCUACCCCAAUUCGUUUGAUGUGAUGCAGUGGUUGGCUGAUAGCAAUCUGUUAGAAAUGAUUGUUGAUAAACUUAAUAACACAAAUCCUGCUGAGGUACAUGCUAAUGCAGCAGAAACACUAUGUGCUAUAACCAGGAAUCCACAAUCACCUCUGGCCACUAAACUAUGUAGCCCAAGCUUUGUGGAAAGAGUAUUUGGUCAUGCGCUUGAAAACUCGCCUUCAAAAUCGGCUCUUGUUCACUCGCUCUCUGUUUGUAUUUCUAUAUUGGAUCCAAAAAGAUCAAUUUCUUCCUCAGUGAUGCACGCUUUCAGAAGUCAACAUGUUUAUGAACCACCAGCACAUGUAAAACCAGAUACUGUUGGUGCUAUGCUUCCGAAACUAGGGGAGAUGCUAAAGCUUUUGAAUGUUACAUCUGACGAGAAAGUUUUACCCACAACGUAUGGUGAAUUGAGGCCUCCUCUCGGACAAUACCGUUUAAAGAUUGUGGAAUUCCUUGCUGUGCUGCUAAAAACUGGCAAUGAAGUGGCAGAGAAGGAAUUGGUUGGUUCUGGAACAAUCCGGAGAGUGUUCGAUCUCUUUUUUGAGUACCCGUACAAUAAUGCUUUGCAUCAUCAUGUGGAAAGCAUUAUAUACUCAUGCUUGGAAAGCAAAAAUAGUGCCAUAAUUGAUCAUCUUGUCCUUGAAUGCAAUUUGGUUGGCCGAAUUCUUGAAAGUGAUAGAAGUCCUAACCUUUCUUGUGAAAAUAAUCUGCCAACUAAGCCAGCUUCUGGAAAGCAUGCUCCUCGAGCAGGGUACUUUGGGCACCUGACUAGGAUCGCAAAUAAAUUAGUUCAGUUGGGAAACAGUGUCAUUGAAACACAUCUUCAGGAGAAUAGUGAGUGGAAUGAGUGGCAGAAGACCGUCUUACAGGAGCGUGGUAUGAUUGAAAAUGUUUACAGAUGGGCUUGUGGCCGUCCGACGGCACUACAAGACAGGACCAGGGACAGUGAUGAGGAGGAUGUUCAUGAUAGGGAUUAUGAUGUUGCGGCCUUGGCCAAUAAUUUAAGCCAAGCAUUUAGAUACAACAUAUACGACAAUGAUGACAAUGAGGGCCACGGAUCUCUAGAUCGUGAUGACGAGGAUGUCUACUUUGACGACGAAUCUGCAGAAGUUGUAAUAUCUUCCUUAAGGUUGGGUGAUGAGCAAGGGAGCUUGUUCACAAACUCCAACUGUGGGCCCGACACGGCCUCCACCCCCACCAACCUGGGUUUCUUCUCCCAAGACAAUGAUGAUGACCCGUUCGGAGACCGGCCUGUACCCGAGUGGGUAGCAUGGGGCGAAGCGUCCGAUGUCCAGCUUGGACGGUCCACCGUGAACCCUUUCGACGACCCCAACAUAAACAUUGAGGGUGAUGGUUUGCCAAACGGGACGCCGAGUUCCAGUGACGGGUCGGGUAAGGCAGAUUCGAGCCACAAUAGUGUUGCUGUCCCGUCUUUGUUUGAGGAAGAUGUGGAGUUUGUGGGUGUAGAGGUGGAAGGCACCGAGAAGGCCAUGGAGCAGGCCAUCAAGGAAGGGAUUGUCGGUGAGGCUGGGCCGUUGAAAAGGAACCUCUCGCCCAAAAAGCCCGAGACUGAGGAAAGUGGUUCUAGCAUGGAUGAAUUUAAUGACGCAAACUAUUGGAGGGUUGAUCAGGAGGUGACUGUGUUGGAGUGA